CUUUUUUUCAAGAAUUCACUUCUCCCUUUAAAAAAAGAACUAGUCCUAUCUCACCACUACUAAGCAAAAUGGCAACUAAUUCGUUCAAGUCCAUUCACACACUAAGAAGAAGGCAUUCUAUAGAUUGCCCUUAUUCUUCUUCUUCCUCUUCUUUUUUCCUUAAGCCAACAAUUACCAAAAACCCCUCAUCUUCAACUUCAUUCUCCAAUCACAACCUCAUAACUUUCUCAGUUUCCAACACUACCCCUACCUCUAUCACCACCCCUACCCCCACCACACCCACCCCCACCCACCCCUUCACUGUCCUAGAACAACAUUUAUCAGCCCAAGAUUUCCGACAAGCUGACGAGGAAACUCGUCGUUUACUCAUCGUUCUAGCCGGGGAAGCAGCCACUAAACGAGGUUACGUGUUCUUUUCCGAGGUUAAAUUCAUUAAUGCAUCCGACCUUAAAGAAAUAGAUUCUUUAUGGAGAAAAUACAGUGACAACAAGUUUGGUUACAGUGUUCAAAAGAAGAUAUGGAACAAAGUGAACAGAGAUUUCACUAGCUUCUUUAUUAAAGUUAGAUGGAUGAAGAAACUGGAAAUUACUGAAGUUGAUCAGUAUAAUUAUAGAGCUUUUCCUAAUGAGUUUAUUUGGGAAUUGAAUGAUGAAACACCUGAAGGGCAUUUGCCAUUAACGAAUGCUUUAAGAGGAACACAAUUGUUGAGUAGUAUUUUUACUCAUCCAGCUUUUUUUGAAGAAGGUGAAGAACAAGAAGAGAAAGGAGAAAGUAGUAAUUCUGGUGAAGAUAAAGUGAGUGUAAAGAAAAAGGGAUUAUUUGGGGAUUUAAGGAGUAAAUUGUUUAGUAAACCAGAUUACAGCUUUUGAAUUUUGAAAAAAAAAAAAAAAAAGUUUGUCUAUUUGUGAUAAGGUAAGUACACUAAAGUAAAAAUUAUGUGAUAAGAAAUGAACGAAUUAUUAGAGCUUUUUUAUGUGAUGUGUUUGUAUUACAUUUGCUCAUUGACAGUGUUGAUUGACUGAAUAUUCUUCAUUGCUCUCAUCUGGUCUUGGCACUUCAUGUGUCGUGCUUUCUUUGCAAAAAAAUAUAUGUAGUAUAUUACUUAUCAACAACUGAAUAAAGUUGAAAGAAUGUUGGCUUGUA